GUUUUGCUUUUGCCUUUGUUCUGUUUUGGUUUACUUUGUUGGUUAAACUCAGUCUUCCCUCCCCACCAUGGCUUUUGUUUUUUAUCACAAGUUCAUGUGGCUCAAAUCCAGAUUGCGGCAGGCGGAGAGGGAGCGGCAGCUGGCCCAGCAGGACAACCGCCUCUUCAAGCAGGAGUUUGGGGACAAGAUCAACAGCCUGCAGCUGGAAGUGGAGGAGCUCUCCAGGCAGCGGAGCCACCUUGAACUGGAACUGAAGAGGGAAAGAGAGAGAUGGUCCCAGAGUCACCAACACAGCCAGGAGACCAGAAGAAGCACAAAGAAUUGGCUGAGACAGGAUGGGAAGCUGAAAAGCCAGGAGGAGAACCCUAAACUGAAACAGCCCCUGAGAGAGGAGAACAGCAUCCUGCCACACAAGUAUGGGGGAAAUCAGCUCUCAUGGUUCUCCUGAGCCCUGCUUCCCCUUCUCUACCUUCUUUCCUGGUUGGAAGGUUGGACUAGAGCAAUCUCUUGAAGAAAGAUCUUCACCCUCGUGCCCUUUGAGGUCUCAGCUCCUUUUGGUAGCUCUGAGGAGGUUCUGCUGCUUGUCACCAGCAUUUCUGUGUCUGAGAAGCUCUCUCUCUCUCUCCCAUUUACC